AUGAAGAAAUCAUUAAAAAAAAUUAAGUUAAAAUUAAAAAAUAAAAAAAAGAAAGGACAUUUUGUUUCUUUUUAUGAUAGAAUAAAAGAAAUUAAUGAAAAAGAAAAGUUGGAGGUACAUAAUUUAUUAAAUGAUAAUAAAUACGAUGUUUAUUUAAAUUCAUAUAAAAUUAAUAAUGAAUCAGAUAAUAUAGAAGAUUUGAAAAAAACUAAUUUUUAUAUAGCUUUAUGCGAAUACCCAAAAAAUUGCUACAACAACGAUUUUAAAAAAUGUUGCAAUGAACUAUUAAAAUAUUCAAAAAAUUUAAUGGUAAUUUUGCUAAACAAAGAUAAGAUUUUCAUCACUCUCUUAAAAUAUAUAAAGAAUACUAAAAUUGAAACUGAUGAAUGUUAUUUCUAUAAAUUAUUGGUUAUAUUAAUAAAGGAUUUAAAAGAUGAAAGUAAAAAGUAUAUGGAACAAAUAUUGAAAAUUUUAUAUGAUAAAAUAAAUUUUAAUAAACUUGACUUAUUGGAAGAAAUAUUUAAUACUUAUGCGAAUAUAUUUCGUAUUAUGAAUAAAAUAAUUAUUAAGAAUAUUGAAAAAUAUUUAAAAUUAUCCUUACCUUUAUUAUGCCAUCGUAAUAACAUAAUAAAAAUUUUUAUUGCCGAUAGUUUUUCCUAUUUGUUAAGAAAAUUAUCAUUGCAUGAUCUUAUAUUAUGUUUUCAUAAAAUAUAUUCUUUCUUCAAUUUUGUAAAAAAAAAUAAAUUAAGAGAUUAUUCAGAAACAGUUAGCCUUUUGAUGCUAGAAGCUUUAAAAGUAGACAACGAAAAAUUAUCCAAGAGAACAUUAUCUUUUCUAAAAUAUAUAAUUUAUGCAAUUUUUUUAAAAGAAACAUAUUAUUGUGAUGAAACAAAUAAUUAUUAUGAACAUAUAGAUAUCAAUGACUUUUAUUUUAUAGAAAAAUCAAUUUUUUCCUUUUUUAUAGAACUAUAUAAUUUUAUUAAAAAAGGAACGUUUGAAUUUAUAGAAAUUUUUCUAACGUUUAUUCUAAAAAGUUAUUUAUCAUUAUUUAAUAAAUAUUAUAAUGAUAUAUUAUUUUCUUUUAAAGAUGUAGAUAAUUUAAAUUCGGUCACAAGAGAAAAUCUUGGAAAUGAUUUUAAAAAUAUUACUUUAAAUAAUGCAGGAAAAAUUAUUUAUUCAAUUUAUAAUGAUCAUUUUCAUAUAUGCAAUCAAAAAAGUAAUGAAGUAAAGAAUGAUAUGUUAGAUUGUAACACAAAAUUAAACGAUACAAAAAGUGAAGUAAAUAAAGAUACAAAUUUUUCUAAUUUUCAAGACAGUAUAAUUUUUAUUAAAGAUAAAUUUUAUGUAUCUACAAAUUUUUUUUUAAAAAAAAUACUAAGUAUAUGGUUAGAAAAAAAUAAUGAAAAGAAAAAUAUAAUAAUAGAAACAUCUUUAAAUGAACUAAGUAAAUAUGCUCAAAACUUAAAUAGUUUAAAAUUAAAUUAUGUGAGUUUUUUUUAUAUAUGGAAUUUAUAUGAUCAUGCUUUUUUUUUAUUAAAUUAUUAUUCAAAUUACAAUGAAAAUAUGAGAAAUAUUUAUAUUUCGCUUGUUGAAAAUUUUAUGCUUAUUUUAAAGGAAGAUAAAAAUAGCAACAAUAUUUUUUAUAAAUAUUUAUUAUGUUUUUUUAUUCUUAAAAUAGAUGAACUUUUAAACAAAAAAAAUGUAAGCAAUAAUGAUAUAUGUUAUCAAAUUUUUUUCAAAUUUUUAUUAACUAACAUAGUAAUGGAUCAUGAAUAUAUUAACACAUAUAUUUGUCAGAAAGAACGAUAUGUAACUAAUGCAAUCACAUUUUCAGAUAAACAAAGCAACUUGGAAGACAAAAAUAAGGUACACAUUUUAGAUAUAGAUAUAUUAGAAGACAAUUUUGAAAAAACAAAAUGUCAAAAAGAAAUUGAUGACUUCUUAAAUAACGUCUAUUUAUGCAAAUUAUUCAUUUUUCACGAUCUUAUAAAAAAUAUACAAGAAAACAGUAAUAAUAAGAAUAUCAAUAUUGUUAAAGAAAAGGAAUACUAUGAAGUUAAUAAAAAAUAUAAUAAUAAUGAUAAUAAAAAAGAAAAUAAUAAUUUUACGAAUAUUUAUAAUUAUAAUGAUAGUUCUUUAUUAAUAGAUGUAGAUAAGGAUUUCGAAAAUUUAUUUAUAUUUAUAUAUGAUCAAAUAAAAGGAUUGAAUUUAAUAUUAAAAAACAUUAACGAAAAUAUAAAUUCUGAGAUUGAUACAAAUAUAAAAAAUACAUUGAACAAAGAUAAACUUAUUUAUGUAAGAUUAGUAAUACUAUAUUUAUUUGCUUUUGUUAAUUUAUUAGCAGAAAUAAAUAAGAAUUUUUCUAUUUAUACAAAAGGUAAUAAAGAAAAUUAUUUUUUAGAACUUUACAGCAUAUGUGAAAAUCUUGAAAAAUUAAAACAAAGCAGCUUUUUAUUAAGUCAUUAUAUAGAUAACAGAUAUUGCGAAAUUAAAAUAUAUAUAAAUAGUAUUAUACUUGAUAUAAUUAAUAUUGUAAUAAUUUCAGUAAAUGCAAGUAAUAAUAUAGAUGAUAAUAUACUUUCAAUUAACAGUACAUUUCUAAUAAAUUUUUUAAAUAAAUGGGGAAAACAGGAAAUUUAUUUUGUAAAUUUUUUAAAAAAAUUUCGAAAUAUAAUAACAAAUUUAUAUGAGUUUAAUUACUUCAAAGAUAAAACAAAUGAAAUAUUUUUAUAUUUAAAGAUUUUAAAAAAAUUUAUGAUAUUUUACCAUACGAUAAACAGAAAAGAAUUGCUACAGUUAAUAAGGUUACUAAUAUAUAUAUAUGUAGAAUUGAAAUCAAAUAGAAGUAAUUUAGAUGACAAUAAUAUAUGUAUAAAUAGACUAUAUGAAAAAGUAUUAUAUGUUUUUGAUUGUUUGAUAUAUUUAGAAAAUGAACGAUAUUUACCAACCUAUGAAAAAAUAUAUAAUUCAAAAAUAAUGGAUAUAAUAAAUUAUUUUGAUGAAUUAAAAAAUUUUAAUUUUUUAAAUGAAUAUUUAUUUAAAAUUACUACAAAAAUAUGUAUUAAUGAGUUAAUUAUGUUAUUAAGUGUUAGUUUAAUUACUAUACCUAAAUCUAUUAUUUCUUCUUUAAAGAAAUUUUUUUUGAGUUACAAUAUCGAAAAAAAAAAAGAUGAAAAAGAUGAUUAUUAUUCGGAAUAUUACUUUUAUAUAUUAAAUAAUAUAUUUAAAGUUAGUAAAAAGAAAUUACAAAUAAUUGAAGAGUUAAUAGGAAAAAAAGAAAAACAAAAUAACGAAUUAUUAAAAUAUAAUAGUUAUGAAAAUGAUAUUACUCAUAAUUUUGAAAAUAAAAAUAAAAUAGACAAUUUACAUAUUAACAACCUCUGUGAUAAUGAAUCAAUUAUUGAAAAUAUAAAUAGAUAUAAUUUUUUAAGAGAAGGUUUAAAUGAAAAUAAUAAUAAUGAUAAUAUUAUUAAUACUAAAAGUAGUUAUGAUAUUACAAGUAAAAUAUUAGUUGAAAAUAAUAAUUUAAAAAAUAUUGUUAUAUUUAAUAUAAAGAAGUAUGAAGAAAAAUUACAGUAUUAUUUAAAUAUGAAGGAAAACAGUAGUUUAAUUUUUCUAACAGUCGAAGAAUUAGAUAUAGAAAAUUCUCUACAAAAUAUUUUAAGUACAUUUGAUUUAUUAAUAGUUCCCUUCAUAAAUACCGUUAAUGAAACUUUUAAAAUUAGAAUAUUAAAUAUUUUUACAUGGAUUGUCUCAUAUAUAAAUACUAAGUGUAACAAUUAUAUAUAUAAAUUAAAAUAUUAUAAAUUGAUUAAUGCAUUAUUUGAUAUUGCUAAUAAUAUGAAUAAUUUAUUUAUUAAUUAUAAAAGUAACAUACAUAAGAAAAAAAAUUUACAGAAUACUAAAUCUAGUUCAUAUCUAAUUGAUCAAAUUAAAUUAUCAAUUAAAUUAUUUAUAAGUAAAUUUAUAUAUAAUAUGCAUAUUUUAAGAACUCCAAAUAUUAUAAAAUUUAUUAAUAUUUUAUGCUCAUAUAAUGAAAAAUUGAAUAAUUAUAAAAAUGAUAUUGAAGAAAUAUUAUCAGAAAAAAAUAUCAAUUUUACUAAGCUACUAUUAAAUAUAAAAGAAGAAGAUACUAAUUUUAUUACACCUCUGUUAAUUAAAAUAAUUUUUUGUUUAUUAAAAAAUGAAAUGAAAAAGGGAAGUUAUAAAUUAAAGAGAAAUAUAAUUUUUUAUUUAUCUAGCAUUUCUUGUAAUAAUUAUUGUUAUAUUUUUUUAUCUUCUAUAUAUUCAUUUGUAAAUAUUUACAAGAACAAAAUUGAUUAUAAUAAUUUACUGAAAUAUGGAGAUAAAGAAGAAGUUUUAAUCAAAUUUUUAAAUGAAGGCCAAAAUAAUUUUUGUAAUAAUUGGAAUUUCUUUUAUGAUAUAAAAAAUAUUAGCAUAAAAAGUGACAAUGGUAAUGAAAAUAUUUUUUUCUAUGAAGAUAUUUUUAAUCAUUCUUAUUGGUGUUAUAAUGACUUUAUAAUUGAAAUAAAAAAGGAUGCAUUAUUUAAAAAUUUUGUUUUCAAAAAAAAUUUUAAUUUAUUAAUAGAAGUGCUAAAAAUUAUGAAAUAUAAAUUAAGUUCCUAUUUUGAACUCUUCUUUCAUAUUUUUAUUACAAUAUCUUACUAUAUUAAUAGCUAUUAUUAUUUAAAAAAAAAAUUAAAAUUGAAAAAAUUAUUUUUAACAAUUAGGCAUAUGGAUGACAAAAACAAAUAUAAUUAUGAUAAUUUUGAAGACAAUUUAUCAUUGUAUGAUAGGAAAAAUAAUAACCAUGCUGUCAUUUUAGAUGAAGUAAAAAUAUGGGAUAAUGAUAAUAAUUCAAAAAUAAUUCAGAACAGUUCUUUAACCAAUAUGAAAAUUAUUGAAUUAAAUACAAAAGACAAAUAUUUGAGAAAUAUACAUAAAAAAUGCAUUGAAAGUAUUCAAUUCAUUAUGCUUAAUUAUGAAAAUGUGAAAUAUAAUUUACAUAAAGCUAAAAAUUUUUUUACAUUUUUAUUUUACAAAAAUAUAAAAAGUAUAGGAAAAAAAAAUUUAUUCUUAAAUAUUUUAUUUAAUAUUUGGUGUAAAAAUGAAGCUUAUUAUGAUUUUUAUAAUACUGUUAUACCUAAUUCCAUCUUAGUGCUAAUUAAAGUUAUAAAUAACAAAAAGAUUACUAACAAGUUAAGUGAUAACGAUUGGGAUAAUAUGAUUGAUAAGGUUUUUAAUAUUAUUUUGCGUUUAUGUGGCUAUGAUGAUGACGAUGAACUAUUUAAAAGAAAAACUCAUAAAAAAAAUUAUGAUUUAAACUAUAAAAACAAUAUACAACUUAUGUUAUCAAAUGAAGAAAAAAAUUGUGAAUCACGCUUUUCAAAUGGAAUAAAAAUAUUAAAACCUUAUAUUUCUGAUAUUGUAUCAUGCAUUAAGAAAGUAAUUUUUAGAAGAUAUAAACUUUUUUUGAAUAAAAGAAACAAUAUAAUUUUAAAUAAAAAAAAAAUGAACGAAAUAAAAAUUAUUAAUAAUAAGGAACUCCAUAUCUUAAUUGAAUUAUCAUCUAUUAACAAGAAUCAAAUAAAUAAUAUUCAUAUUAUUAAUUUAAUAAUUACUUUUGUAUUAAUGAAUAGGAAGUCUCUACAUUGUAAAAAUAUUGAUUAUAUUAAUAAAAUAAAAUUAAUACUAAUUGCUAUUACAAAAUUAAUUAUUAAUAUAUCAAAAAAUGAAUACUCUAUGAUUAAAAGAAAAAAAAAAAUCUUUAACUUUUCUUGUAACAGAAAUUCAUUUACCGAAAAUGAUCUAUUAUCAAAAAUGAAAAUAAAGGAAAAAAAAAUAACAAAUAAGGACCUGCACUGUUCAUCUUAUUUUUAUUAUAGUUCACGUAAAUAUCAUAUUUGCUUAAAAUUAAAAAUAAUGUUAUAUGAAAUUAUUCAAAGAUGCUAUGAUUUAAGCUGCAGAACUCUAGUUGGUAAUCUCUUAAUUAUAAUUGGUUGUAUUUUUUUAAAAAUAAGAAAUAUUAAAAAAUAUCUAGAAAUUUUUAAAAGAAAUGUUAGUUUAUUUUUGAAGAGAACCAGUGAGUUAAAUUAUAAUUCUAAGAAUGUUUUAAAGCACAUAAUAAAAAUACCAUUAAAAACUGAAAAAAUCAAAAAAAAUAAGUAUUAUUCUUUUCUUCAAAUAGCCCAAAUAUUCUAUAGUCUAAAUAUUUUCAAUACAAAAAGUCCUUAUCAAGAAUAUGAUUCUGAUAUUCAAUUUUUGAUACUGCUUGAUCUUUGUAAUAUUAAAUUAUCUUCUAACAUAAUUAGUUAUACACAAAAUAAUGGUGAACAUGCAAGGGAAAAUGGAAUUACUAAUAAAAGUGAUAAGGAUAAAUUAUAUUAUUCAAAAUUAGUAUAUAAAAGAGAUUGUAAAGAUAUUGAAAAGAAAUACAAGAAGCUUACAUUUGAGUAUUUAUUUUUAAAUAGUAAUAAAAUAUUUCUCGAAAUAUUAAUAAGACAUUGUUUAUUUCUUAUAUUUAAUGAACAAACAAAUGAGAUGGUAAGAGAUAAAUCAAUUCACUUUAUUUUAUUUUUUACCGAAUUAUUAAAAUAUUUAUUGGAAUGUUAUGAAAAAAAAAAGAGGUAUGAUAAUAUGAUAAUUGAAAUUAAAAUUUAUAUUCAUUUUGUUAUUAAUAUAAUAAUACCCAAAGCAUUAAAUGCAUUAAAAAGAAAUAUAAAUGAUUUUACAAAGAACUCUCUUCAGAUAACACUUAUUUCUUCAAAAAAUAUAUGCCCAUAUAUAAAAAUAUUAAAAUCUUUAAAUAUCGAUACAUUUUUAAAUGAUAUAAAAUAUUCUCAUAUUAAAAAUAAUUUAUUAAAUGAAAACAUAAACUCAUUUAGUUUUAACACAUUAAAAAGAGAAAAUGAGAUGGAACGUUACAGUAAUAAGAAGGAAGACAUGACUAAUAUUAAAAUUCUAGAAAAGUUACUAUUUUACGAUUUAUAUGAUAAUAUGGUUGUUCAAAAUGAUUCAAAUAAUAAAAAAAAAAUAAAUCAUAAGGUUAAUACAAUAAUUGAAAAUAUAAUAGACUUAAAAUCUGAAAAUAAUUCUGAGGGUAUUAAAAAAUUAACUACCAUUAUACCUCGCUUAUCAUUCUAUACAAUACACAAAAUAGUAAUUCCAUUAUCUUUAAAUUAUAUUCUUCAAACAAAUUCUAAAAAAGAAACAUAUGAUAAAAUUCUUAGUUUGAGUAGUAUAAAAUUACUGGGAAUGUGUGCUGAAAAAGUAUAUAUAAAAACUAUUUACAAUUUAUUAACAUUAUUACUGUUGGAAUUAAAAAAAAAUUCAUUCAAUAAAUUAUACAUUGAAAAAACCAUUAGUCACAUAGUGAGGAAAUAUAAUUUUAAAGAAUUUCAAGAACUAGAAAAUGAAUAUGAUGUAACUUCUCUACAAGUUAUAAACGAGAGUGAAAAAACAAAAAAUUGUAAUGAAAUAGGAGAUAUUAAAAAUGAAGAUGAAAGAAUUAUGGAUAAAAAUUUAAGUAAUAUAAACGGUAAUAUAGAAAAUGAUGGAGAAAAAAAGCGAGAAUUAUGUAAAGCACAAAAUUUGAAUGAAGAAAAUAAUACCAAAAAAAUUAAUGAAAAAAAAAGAUAUAAUUUAUUUUGCGAUAAAUUUAUUCAAAAUAUACUUCCUCAGUUAAAAUAUUUAAUGUUUGAUAGAAGGUUGAUACAUGAAAAAAAAAAAAAAAAAAAUUACAUAAAUGAUUUAGUUGUUGAUUCUAGCAAUAAAGAUGUAGUGGCAAAACCAGACAUUAUACUAUCCUAUUUAGUUAUAUUAAAUAAAAUGAAUUAUAAUUUUCAAAAAGAAUUACAUAAAAUUAUAAAUAAAUUAUGCUACUGUUUGUCAUCCAAAUUAAAUAUUAUAAGAAGCGAAUCAAAAAAAACAUUAUGUUUUAUAUCCAUGUAUCUCGGUUUGAAUUACUUUGAUUUAAUUAUAAAGCAAAUGUCUGAUUAUUUAACAAAAGGGUAUCAUAUUCCUAUAUUUUUAUGCACUGUUAACUCUAUAUUAGAAUCUGUACUUUAUGAAAAAGAAAAAUUUUUGGAUAGAAAUUAUUUAAAAAUUAACUUUAAUAUAAUAAACGAAAGUAACUUAAAAAAAAAUGAACAAAAUAAUCUAGAUCACAAUAGUAAAGGGAAAAAAAUAAGAAUGGAAGAAAAAAAUCAAUAUGAUGAUUUUUGUUCAAACAUUUUUAAUAUGAUUAAACUAGAAAUAAUAAAUGAAAUAGAGAAAAACACAGAAGAUGUUAAUAAAAAAAAAAUUAAAAGAAAAACAAAAGAAAGCAAAAAAACAUAUGGAAGUAAUAUAAUAAAACUAUUAACAAAUAUAGUAUCAGAACAAUGUAUAGAAAAUAAUAUUUUAACAUUUUUAGAGAGCUUAUUUAGUGGUGAAUCUUUUGCAAAUAAUGAAGUAGAUAAAAAUUUUAUAUUUAAGAAAAAAUAUAUAUUUAUAAUUGCGUCUUAUUUUAAUGAUUUUAUAAAAGGUAUAAAGGAAAAUAAAAAUUUAACUUCCAACUUUAUGUUAAACAUCAUUUACAAGCUAUUGAUAAAAUCUGUUUAUUUUUUUAAAGGAGAUACAUAUGAAAAUUUACUUGCUGUUAUGAAAAAUUCAGAUUUGCUAUUAUAUAAGUAUGAAAUGUUAAAUAAUGUAAAUAAUUUUAAUAGUUUUAAAAAAAACUUGCAAUUUUUUAUUUCCAUAAAAAGUUCACAACAAAAAUAUUUGGGUUAUAAUUAUGAGUAUAAAUUUAUUGAAUAUCCUCAAAAAAAAAGUAACUUGAAUAUAAUAGAAGGGUCAUUUCAAGAAAAAAAUAUAUAUGAUUCAAUUAACAAAACAAAAAAAUAUGAUUUCAAAGUACAUGGAGAAGUUUUAGCCAGAAUGUCUUUAAAGUUAUUACUAUUCAUAAUUAAAAAAUCAAAUGAAUUUUUCUUUAAAGAAAAAGAUAAAUCAGAUGUUCCUUCAUCAAACAUAGAUGAAAAUUUAAAUAAUACAAAUUAUCAAAUAAGUCAUAGCAAAAUUAAUAAAAAUAUAAAUGAUUUAUCAAAUUAUAACAAAAAAGAAAUAAAUGAAAAUUCAAUUCUAAAAACUGCAAAUAUUAAAAAAUCAGAAGAUACAUCUAAUAACAAUUUAGGUAAAAAGGAUGCAGUCGCAUUAAUAGAUAAAAUUGAAUCAAAAAAAAAAGAUGAAUGUUCACGCUUUAUUGAUUUUGUUCAUGUAAUUGAACCAUUACUUGUUUAUUGUUUUUGUUAUGGUAAAGGAGAUGUAUUUAUUUUAUCUUCUAAAUGUAUUAAAAAUUUAAAAGGAAAAAAAUAUGCUGAUUUUAAGAAUUUUGGUAAAUUAGUUAUUUUGUCAUCUAUUGAUAUAUUAAAAAAUAUUCCUAACUAUUAUAGUAAAGAAUUCGACAAACUUAUCUUAUCAUGUAUUGACACCAUGAUUUAUUUAAUAAAAAAUAAUAAUAAAAGUGAUAUUAUGUCUUGGUUAAAUUCAGAUGUUUUAAAUGAUAUUAGUAAUAAUUCUAAUAAUAAUAUUCAAAAGAAUAAGAGAAAAAUAGAAAGUAGUGAUGAAAAUAAAAUAAAAAAUCUUAAACGACAAAAAAAAUUAAAUUAUUUAUUAGAUGAAAAUGUACUUUCUGAAUGCUAUAAUGAUAAGGAUAAUGAGUUAAACGAAGAAUAUACAUGUUCAUUAAGAUAUUGUUUAAUAAAUCAAAUAUCAUUACUUCUAGAUAGUAAAAAUCAUGUAUGGGAGUUGUUAACAUUAUUCAAAAAUUGUAUAUUACGAGAAGAUAUAAAUAAUAUUAUUAAAGAUGGGACAAUUUUUUUGAAAAUCAAUAGUUGCAUAGAUCAAAUUUUUAUAAUAAUGAUUGAAGAAUCACAUAACUUCAAAUUAUCUUUUUUAUGUGGUCAGAUUUAUAUUGAUUUUUUGAUGAAAUUCCCUUUAUCAAAAAAAGAAAAAAGGAAAAAAUUUUUUGCCAUAUUAAAUAACUUAAAUGAUGAAAAUGAAGAUUCUAGGAUUGCUAUUUUAAACACUAUAUAUAUAUUUUUAAAUAGAACUAACGCGAAAUUACUAAAAGAAGAAUUUUAUUUCAUUACUUUUGCUAGUUUGUUAACUAAUUUUUCUAAUGAGAAUAAUUUCAAAUGUAAAAAAAUGUAUGUAUUCCUCAUAUCAUUAUUAUUUCAACAAGUAAAUGAUUUAAAUUAUAUUUUUAAUUCAUAUAAAAUUUUAAAAGAUAAUUUGUCAUUUAGCACAAAAGCUUCUUUCGCAUAUUCAUUCUUAUAUUUAUUGCCUAUAUUUACUUCCUUUUUUUAUAAUAAAAUUCCUGUUUAUUAUAAAAUAAUUCUAAAUGAAAUAUCAAAUAAAAAUGAACAGUAUAUAUCAAAAGAUGAUCAAAAAAACAUAAAAGAUAAAAUAACUCAAAUUUGUGUAGAAGAAAAAAAUUAUAUAAAAUAUAAUGGAGAAAACGGAAAUAUUUCUUUUCAAGAAAAUUCCAAAAAUCAAUUUGACACUAUUCGUAAUCAUUUUGUAUGUGAAUUAUUAAAUUAUUGUAACAAUAAAAGUAAAAAGAAAAAUAUGAAUGAAGAAAAAAAAAAAAAAAAUCUCAAUAAAAACGAAUUUGAUUUUGUACAAGAUAAGAUUGUUUUUAUGCAGAACCAGUUAGAAGACUUAUUUUUAUCAUUAAUGACUCAUUUAAUUGAUGAAUAUUUUUCAAAUAUAAAAACUGUUAUGAAAGAAGAUAAAAACAUAAUUAAUAUAUUUACUUCCAUUGAAAAUAUUACAUAUUUCUGUAGUAAAUAUGAUAUAUAUAAAGAAAUGAAUAAGGAUAUUGUAUAUUUAUUUUAUAAAUCAUUAGAACAAAUUUUUUCUUAUAUGGAUAUUAAUUUAAUAGAAAAAUUAUUACAUGAAAAGUAUGUUCACGAAAAGUACAAAUCAUUUUUUUUUAAAAUUAAUCAAAUAACAUAUUCUAAAAAAAUUUGUAUAAAUGGAAGAAAUAUAUGUAAUGAAAAUAUUUCUGAAAAGAAUAACAUAAAAUGUAAUGAAGAAAAAAAUGAAAACGAUAAAUUAAUAAAUGAUUAUAAAAAUUACGAAAAGCUAAUUUUAUAUUUUUUAUAUUUUUGGAUAUUAAUAUUUGAAAAUGGGCUUUUUAAUAAAAAUCCUUAUAUACAAAUUAUAUCAAUAAAAAUAGUUUUGAAUUAUAUUAAUAAGAAAAUGAAAUUUGCAUUUUUUCCAUUAUUACUAGUUAAAUUAUUUUCUUCCACGAAAUUUAUUAUUAAUGUAAUUAUUAAAAAACUUUUAUCAUUACUUUUAAAUUCUUUUUUUCUUGAACAUUUUUACAUAUAUUAUAAGGAAGUAAGCUUUUUACUUUCAGAAAUAUGCAAAAUUUUAAUUUAUCAUCCGUGGAUAACUAAUGGAUAUGAAGAGGAUCAAAAUAAUGGAAAUAAUAAAUGUAUAUUUCAAAAUUCUAUAAAAUUACAUCAUUCAAUAAAAAUGAGUAAUGAAGUAAAUAAUACUGAAUUAUAUGAAAAUCAAGAGAAAAGUAAAGUUGAAGAUAACUUGUUAAAAACAUCUUUAUUACAAAACCAUAUCGUUUCUUCAAAACAUGAAAAUAAUGAAAUAUAUGACUCAAGUGAUGAUGAGGAAUAUAAAAAAGUGAAUAUCAUUUUACACAAUACAGAAAAUAUAGAAACAACAACAAAUAUGUGUAAUUAUCAAAAUGAUAACCAAAAUACAAUUAGAGAAAAUAUUAAAAUAACUAAAGAAAUAUUAUCAUAUAGCAAAUUUUUUUUAAUUAUAGUCACACUAUCACGAGCAAUAAAUUUACAUUUAAAAAAUAAAAAAAAUUCAUUCACAAGAAUAUUAACUAUUUUAAAUACUUAUAAAAAUAUAAUUAAUGAUUUUCCAGAAGAAUUAUGGAAUUCUGAAAAUGGUAUAAUUAGUAAUGUCAUAAUGCCAUUAUAUAAAAUAGCAUCUUUAGCUAAAAAAAGAGAUUUUGUAGAAAAUGAAAAAAUUUUUGAAGACAGUACAUAUAAAAAAUAUAUGUAUUUAUCAAGUUUUUCAUGGAAUAUUAUUUCUCUAUUAGAAAACAAAUUACAUAAUAAGAAGGACGUUUUUAAUAAAGUUUUCAUUCAUAUAAGACAA